AUGGCAGUGGCGGGACAGCUUUCGUCAUGCGCCACGGAUCUUAAACUUUCACGAUAUGCUGACAUUUCAUUAAACGGUAAAAUGAUCAAAACUAAAACAAUUAAAAAGCCUGAUAGGGGAGGGAGGCUUAGCAUUAGACGAUAUUUGUAG